ACAGUGUAAACGCGGAAGAGUGAUAUGCGAGUGAGCUCUUACUGAUGUGCAGAUGGUCGAGAUGGAGGAAAGUGAAGGAGUGAUUGCUACUGAGCGGUAUGGCUCACAGGAGUCCUGGAAAUACCUGCUGAAGGAGGGAAAGGUGAUGAGGCGCAAGGAUGCAGUGAACGGAGGACUGGCGGCAAAUUCAGUCUCUGGCGUGUUUAAAAGCGUUUUCCUGCCACAGGGAUACCCAGAGAGUGUCAGUGAAGAUUACCUACAGUAUCAGCUCUGGGACACUGUACAGGCAUUUUCCAGCUCUCUGUCUGGCACUCUCGCCACUCAAGCGUCUCUCAGAGGUGUUGGGGUUGGAAAUCAAGAGGCAACAGUUGCAGCAGCUACAAUAACAUGGCUACUUAGAGAUGGAACAGGGAUGCUGGGAAGAAUUCUGUUUGCCUGGCUCAAAGGGAGCAAGUUAGAUUCAGAAGCCAAAAAAUGGAGGCUCUUUGCUGAUAUUCUUAAUGAUGUGGCGAUGUUCAUUGAGAUCGCGGCCCCUCAUUUCCCUCCUUUUUUCACUAUAAUCGUCUGCAUUGCUGGCAUAUUUAAGUCUAUUGUAGGAGUUGCUGGUGGAGCAACAAGAGCUGCAUUAACUGUCCAUCAGGCUCGCAGAAACAACAUGGCUGAUAUCUCUGCUAAAGAUGGCAGCCAGGAAACCCUGGUGAACCUGGCAGGACUGCUGGUCAGCCUGGCUCUAAUCCCGCUUGUAACCGAUAACCCAUUGUUGACGUUCAUCCUGUUCUACCUGUUCACUGUUCUCCACCUGUUUGCCAAUUACAAAGCUGUACGUUCGGUUGUUAUGGAAACCCUCAAUGAGGCUCGGUUGUCCAUCGUCCUGCAUCAGUACCUGCUUCACGGUCAAGUGCUCAGUCCAGCCGAGGCCAACCAGAGAGAGCCUGUGUUCUUGUCAUUUAGAAGAACUGUUCCAAUCAAGCUGGGCGUGAGGCUUGGAGACCUCAUUCACGAGCCAGGAGAUCUGCAGCUAGCGUUGAAGAACAACAGCAAACCAUAUCUCAUCGGAAUCAAAAAUGGUGCCGUGUGUGUUUGUCUGGGGAGUGAUGCAUCAGUUGAUGAUGAAAUAAAGGCAGUAUGCCAGGCCUUGUGUGUCAGUGCAGUGCUACACAAUGAGUCCCCUCUGCCUGCCGUUCUCCAACAGCUCUCCAACACUAAAGACCCCUGGGCGUUAAUAUCACAGAGUCAUAAGAUGAUUGAUGAGAUUUUCCAGACUUUCCUGAAAGAACUUGAUCGAGCAAAAUGGCAGACAGACCGGACACUACUGGAUUGGAAUGAGUGGCGUGUGGAAUGGACCAAAAAGAGAAGCUGAAGUAAACUGUUAACAAUGAAAUGGGAGCGGUUUUUGAUUGUGCAGAUUUUCACUUUUGAACAUCUGUCAGUUUUAUAUGUAACACCAGUGAUCUCGCACCAAGCUGAAAGUGUACAGAUUACUGUACAAUUAAAAACAAUUAUGAGGAUAACAGGGUCAAAACAGUUCAUGUAAGGUCAA